UGCAGCGGAUUGAAAAUCUACAAGGAUGGAAAUGACGUAUGCUCGCCCCCACGUGCACCAUCACAUCCCUCCCAUCCCAUCCUAGGUACAUAUCCCAUCUCUCAGCUUGGAGAGAGAGCUCUAGAUACCUACCUCUACCUGUACCUACUAGUUGGUACAUAGCUCCGACCUCCGACCUUCACCCACCCACUGUUUCGAACAUCGUCGCAACAUAGCAGACAUGGCCGACCUACCGCCCGCCCCACCGCCGUCAUACGCCUCCUCGUCCGCAACGGUGUGCUCGACGUGUGCGCAGAUACUAGAUUUCUCCUCCUCCUCAGAGGAAAAGAAGGAGCAGGAGGAGGUGGGCGAGGAGAAAUUCCCACCCCUGCGUCAGCAUCUGCAGCAGAGCUGCUGUGGGAGGUGGGUUUGUGGGCGGUGUAUUCAGAGGAAUCGAAGGUUUACAGAGUACUGUCCGUACUGUCCCUUACCGCCGGGGUACGAGGCAUCGGCGCCGCUGGCGUCGGGGGCGUCGGAGGAGGAGGAGGAAGUUCCGGGGUACACACCUACUCCCGCUGCUUCUGAAGCGAACGACGCUGCACCGGAGAAAAGCAAAGAGCAGCCACAAGAAGACAUCCUCCACUUCGUCCGGCCCACGGACAGCAUGGCCAGCCUCUCAUUACACUACAACGUCCCCCUGCCGGUGCUCCGCGCGCACAACCGACUCUUCAGCGACCCCCUCCUCUCAGCGCGACAAGCCAUCACCAUCCCCGCGGGCUACUACGGUGGCGCCUCGGUCAGCCCCGCGGCCGAGGAGGGUAGCGAUCGCAAGGCGCUCGUGAAGCGCUUUCAGCUGCGGACUAAGUGUGUUGAUGCGAAGAUGGCGGAGGCAUAUAUCGACGCUGCGGAGGGCGAGGGCGGGUUCGAGGAGGCGGUUAAACAGUUCUGCGAGGAUGAGGGGUGGGUGCAUGAGCAGGAGGAGCGCGAGAGGAGGGGGAAGGGGAUCGUUAGUGGGAGGGGGAUGAUUUGGUAGCUUGGCAGGCGGGCAGGGCAGAAAGGCGGGCAGA